AUGACAGAGAAAAGUACAGCGCAAGCGGGCGCAGUCCCCGACAAUUCGCCCAGAAAUGGGACAACUGAGAAGCUGAACUAUAACGCGAAUGAGGCCGAUGUCACUGGGCAGGAGUCAGGCGUCAAGAACAACUCGCAGACCUCGCCAUCAUCCAAACCUGAAAACGCUGCUGUGGGGGGUCACUCCAGUCCCAAGAAGCGUCGCAAAGUUAAUCACGCAUGCGUUUACUGUCGGCGAUCGCAUAUGACUUGUGAUUCGGAACGCCCGUGCACUCGUUGUAUAAAGCGCAAUAUUGGCCACUUAUGCCACGACGAGCCCAGGGAACAUUCGAAGCGGUCACGAAGUGAACACGACCAUUCAGUUCCGGACGACGAGGCUUCCUCGAACAAUGAGUUUUCGAACGUCCAAGGUAUGCCUAGAAAUGUCGAUGUUCAAGAUGCUGCCGGUCAGCAAAUCCUUGCCGAUGGGACCAUCGGACUCCCGCCUUCGUCUGUGAACCCUGUGCAGCAUGGGGAUAUUUCUUCAUCCCCGGGCCAGGGUCUCGGUGGUAACUCCCAACAAAUGCUUGGUUACAAUGAAUGGCUUGGGGGACAGAGUCAAUUUCAGGAUAUGCACAACUUCCACCCCUCGUAUAUGUUCAACGCACCCGAAGUUACGAACGAGUAUAACUUGCUCGGUGAUUUUCUCAGCAAUAGCUUGCUUGACGAUGGCAAUAUGUUUCAGAAUGAUGGCAUGCAUGGGAUCUAUUCUGAUCCGACAUUGAUCAACUCCAUGGCCACCUUAGGUGGGCCCAAUGCAUCUCUCCUUCCGCCAUCGCAGCUCCCACCACCAGCACAGAGCCAUCCGACUCAGAAUGACGCCAUACAACAGCAGAACUCCACGGUGGUAAAUGACAAGGCCAGGGAGACAUAUUACAUGACGGCAGCAGAUCCUUCGGGGUCUGAUCCACCAGAAGAGCGGAUGAACAAGCUUCUCAAGGCAAAGUAUGACGCUGGCUUGUUGAAACCAUUCAACUAUGUCAAGGGUUAUGCAAGAUUGAAUCAAUAUAUGGAGAAACACAUGCAGCAGGCAUCACGGCAGAAGAUCCUUCGACAGCUAGACAAAUUCCGACCGAAAUUCCGCGAGCGCAUGCAGAGCUUGACCGAUAUCGAGCUUAUCCUCGUGGAAAUGUGGUUUGAACGGAGUCUGAUGGAAUAUGACCGUGUCUUUGCCAGUAUGGCCAUUCCCGCUUGCUGCUGGAGACGAACCGGAGAAAUAUUUCGAGGAAACAAAGAGAUGGCAGAGUUGAUUGGGGUUCCGAUAGAAAGUCUACGAGAUGGAAAGCUUGCCAUUCAUGAGAUAAUUGUGGAAGAUCAGCUCGUGAGCUACUGGGAGAAGUUCGGCGCUAUUGCUUUCGACAGCACUCAAAAAGCGAUGCUUACCAGCUGCACAUUGAAAAACCCAAAUUCAAACUCUCCAGGGGAGGGAAUUAACUGCUGUUUUUCAUUCACGAUUCGACGAGACACACAUAACAUUCCGUCACUCAUUAUCGGAAACUUUCUUCCAUCACAACGCAAGAACAAGUGA